GUGUUACCGCUAAGAACUGGAAAAAUGGAAGAUUCGAAACAGCAACGAAAGAAGAACUACAGAAAGAGAAGUGCUCCAGUUGAACAAGAUCAACUCCCCCAAUCUCAAGACAACAACAAUGAAUCCGACGACGAACGAGAAAGAAGAAUGGCAUUGGAGGAAAUCAAGCUCCUCCAGAAGCAGAGGGAAAGGAAAUCAGGUAUUGCAGCAAACCCUAGUUUGCAAUCUCAGGCUGUAGUCACUGCCGGCUCAGCUGCUAAACCCGCCGAGAAGAAUGACGGUGAUGGCGGCGACAAGGAUGACCUUGUUCUUCAGGACACUUUUGCUCAAGAGACUGCUGUAAUGGAUGAAGACCCCAAUAUGGUUAAGUAUGUUGAGCAGGAAUUAGCAAAGAAAAGGGGUAGGAAGAUUGAUGAAGCUGAUCAAAUUGAGAAUGAGUUGAAACGCGCCGAAGAUGAACUUUAUAAAAUCCCUGAGCAUCUUAAGGUAAAAAAGCGAAAUUCAGAAGAAAGCUCUACUCAAUGGACUACUGGUAUUGCUGAGAUUCAGCUCCCAAUUGAAUAUAAAUUGAAAAAUAUUGAAGAAACAGAGGCUGCAAAAAAACUUCUACAGGAAAAGAGGCUUAUGGGUCGGACAAAACCAGAAGUCAGUAGCAUUCCAUCGAGUUACAGCGCUGAUUAUUUCCAGCGUGGCAGGGAUUAUGCUGAAAAGCUUAGAAGAGAACAUCCAGAGUUGUACAAGGAUAGAAGUCUUCAGGAUGAUAGUUCUGGAUCCAAACAAAAUGAUUCCAGCACUGAUGCUGCUGGAGCAGUGCAGAGGCAGGCUGCCACAGAUGAAUUCAUGUUAGAGCGUUUCAGGAAACGAGAACGUCACCGUGUAAUGCGGAGAUAGCAUAAAUGUAACUUUUAUUUUAGCUCAAAGCACUUGAAUGUAAUAUUAGUUGCUUAUUUUACAACAAUACAACUAGGAUUGGUAGAAGCCCAAUGCCAUUAAUUUCCUUGUUCAAAUAGCAGCUGAGUGUACAGCUGCUUGUGCUUUAUUUUUGUUGGUGCAUUUUCUAAGGAAAACUGUGAAGUAGUGACAAGAAUGUAUUAACUUAGCCACGGCGUAUCUUCUUUACAAUGGCCUAUUCUGAGGCAACCAAAGAAUUGUGAUAUUUGACCA